GGUCACGUUGUUUUGUUUUUUUUUCGCGGGGUUUCCAAAAUACCAAAAGAUGUUUAGCAGAAAAAGCUAUAUUUUGCGGAUUGGAAAGUACCAUGUCCUGCUCUUACAACUCAGCAUAUAUUACAAGAACAGUGGAGAAAGUGGGUGGUUCAAUGACCUUUUAAUGCAGGAAUUAUUGAUGACGUUAAAAGAACCAAUUCAAAAAAGAUUGUCUGUAAAACUUUCAAAAGAUAAGAAGACCAAACAAGAUGAAGUUGAGAUAGGAACUGGAACAACCAUGAAGUUUGGCUUUCAGUUUGUAAAUAAAGAAAUGAAUCAACCAUUUGUUAUCCCAGACAAUACAGAUGAUAAAUUCAGAUCUUUGUGUUUGUUCGAGGAGAAGUUGAAAGUGACAGUGUGUCCAUUAACAACAUCAUCAGUUGAAGAUAAAGCAACAACAAUUCUCUUAAAUUCAUCUUCUCAGUUGUCAAGAGAAAAAGUUGCCAUAAGUGACUAUUUUAACAAAUGUCAGGCAUUUGAGGGAUUGGCUACUGAGUCUGCACAAAAGAAGAGAUGCAAGCUUAAGAGGAUGUAA